AUGCCGAGGUCGAGGCAGGGAUUCGGGCAGCAGGCGCAUGCAGGAGGGCGGUGGGAGGAGGGGCAGCGGCAGCGGCAGCGGCAAGCACACACGCAGGGAGAGGGGGAGAGGCAUGCGGCGCAAGCUAAGGGGCAUGCACCGUGGGGCAGCGCGCAUGGGCCAGCGGCUCAGCAGGCUGCAGCGCCGCUGGCAGUCCGUGGGCCGUCUGGCGCGCCCUCUCUGCCCCCGCCGCAAGCCCAGGCGCCAGCUUCUUCUGCAGCAGCACCACGGCGACCAGCCUCCGCGGCAGCAGCAGCAGCAGCAGCAGGUUCAAGUGCAAGCUCGUGGGUAGGAGGAGGAGGACGAGGAGGAGCGGCACAGGGAGCAGGGCUGGUGGCAGCACCACGUGCAACGGCCUCUGCCUUGCGUCCGUGCCGGCCCUCACGUGUGGAGCGUGGAUUCGCCAGCCAUGGACUGCCACAGGCGGCGCACCCCCCGUCUAACUCGAGCCACGCCAGCAGGUGGCGCUCGAAUGUCUCCAUGUACUCCGCUCCCCUUGCUGCUUCUGCGUCUGCUGCUCCUGCUCCUGUUGCUGCUACGGCUGUGGGAUCUGCGGCUGUGGGAUCCAACGCCAGCACGUGGCGUGUUAGCAACUCCAGGCGUCCUGCUCCUCGGGGUGCAAACGCGUCUGCUUCCGCUGGCUCUGACGUGGCUGCUACUCCUGCACCUGCCGCCACGGCGCCUGCUGGCUUCUCUGCGGCUGCUGAGUUCCUCGCGGCUGCCAGCGCUGCUGAGCCUUCAGCUGCAGUUGCCCGCCCUACGGUGGCGAUCAGUGGUGGCGUGGAGGGGCAGAUAGCUGGCAAGGUGCCGAUACGGGAUGGGUGGGGUGACAUCAUCGGGUGGAAGGACGCGCCUGUGGAGACUGCUGCGUUGCGUGCCGCUGCUGCCACAGGCGCGCCUGCUGUCGCUGAUGUAGCUGCCAGGGCUAUGGCUACGGUCGCUGGUGCUGCUGCUGCUGACGCUGCUGCUUGGGAUAACGGCGGGGGUUUUCAGGAGGGUGGUUAUGGCGAAGGGGAGUACGGGAAGGGGGAGUACGGCGAGGGGGGGUAUCAGGAGGAGGAAGACGCGGAAGGAGAAUAUGGAGAGGGGGAUUAUGCGAGAGGAGAAUAUGCGGAAGGGGAGAGUGGCGAAGGGGGUAACCCUGCUGGUGAUGGUUUCGGCGAUGGUGGUUAUGGGGAUGGCGGGGACGGCGGUGACAGUGGCGGGACUGGUGGCAGCGGUGGCGGGAAGGAAGCGGACAGCGCUAUGGGAGGGGGGAGGGCGGAAGAAGAGGGAGAGGAAUCACGCGGGGCAGGUGAAGAGGGAGGGGAGGGGCGGCAGGGACAGAAGGGGGAGGAUGAGUUUUGGGAUGCGGAGGAGGGUGAGCUGGAGGCGAGCGUGGGCAGUGGCCGCGGCAGCGAGGGGGCCGGCAGCGAGGUGAUGGGGCAGCAGGCGCAGUUGGGGAAGCAGGCGUCGGUCAAUCUGCAAGAAGCGGUUCAAUCUGAGAAGCAGAGGCUCAACUGGCAGCAGCCGCAGCAGCAGCCGCAACAACAGCAGUUUUCGAAUCAAGCACUGACGUUGCAGCAGCAGCAAUGGGGAGGCUCCGUGGGGAAAGCCAAGGACGACGACUCUAUCAGCCAGUUCAGCUCCGCUAGUGUGCGUCCCAGGAGGACAGCUACUAACGAGGACGCGAGUGUAGUGAGCGCCGCCUGGUCCGACGCCAAGUCAGACCUCAGCAGCCAAUGGGGCUGUCAGAGCAGCAGCGGUAGGAGCAGCGCCAACAGGGGUAGCGCCAGAGCAGUACGGGGGAAAGAGGGCGCAGAGUGGGGGGAUGUUGCGCCCAGCAUCAGAGGCUCUGACCGGACCUCCGGCAGGUACGUGCCGCCCAGCAAGCGGAUUGGCGGGAAGCAAGCUGAGGCGCCAAGUGGGGGGGCGAAGGGAGGGGCGGAGAGGAGCGCGGAGGCUGGGGCUUCCAUGGGGGAGAGGAGCGCGAAGGCUGGGGCUUCCACGUGGGAGAGGAGCGCGGAGGCUGGGGCUUCCAUGGGGGAGAGGAGCAGCGGCGAGUCGAGCCGUGCUGCCGUGAUCACUGGCGGUGCUGGUGCCGGUGCUGUUAGUGCUGCUGGUGUCGUUGCAGGUGGCGCUACUGGGAGGAGCAAUGAGCGGGAGGAGCGCGGGGGGGGCUUAGGCGAGGGCGCGUGGUGGAGUGGAGGGACGGCCGCUGACGCGGAGCGCGCGAGUUUGAAGGCGGGAGCAGCGGGUAAGGCGGCGCUUGGAGGGGGGAGAGCGGGCACGGGCAUGGGCACGGGCACGGGUGGGGCGCCUGGAGUGGCGACUGCGGUGGCGACUAUUGCGCCUGCUAUCACUCUGCCGCCCACUCCCUUGAGAGCUGAGGCGCCCUCCUUCCUCCCCGCGGUCUCCUCCGCUCCCAUUCCUGUUGAUGCCAACAGGAAGUUCCUCCCCGCAGAUGCGCCCUCCUCUAUCCGCGCGCAUGCUCCCUCUCUCAUCUGCGCAUCCACCCCCUCUUUCACCCCCUCGCCCCCCUCCCCUUCUCCCGCCCUCACCUCCCCCAUCUCCACAGUCUCUGUCCCCGGAGUUCUCUCCCCUGCGCCACCCCACCCUACCCCCCCUCUCACUGAUUCCCUCGACCAAUCCCCAGCUUUCGCGAGUCCUUCCAGCCUGUCGCACGGAGACGAAGGAGUGUCGUGGCCCGCCUCUGCCCCAUCCGCCGCCUUCCCAUCGCGCUCCCAAUCCGUUUUGGCGUCUGCUGCCGUGCCGCCCCGCACCGCUCUUGACCACGCCGUCGUACCUGGUCCAGCGAUAGCGGGGGUGGGCAUGGGCAUGGGCGCAGGCACUUUUAUUUGCGGGGAGUGUAAUUCUCCGCCACGUGGAGGCCAGGGGUUGGUCGGCGGCAGCGCAGAUGGCGCAAAUUGCGGUGGGAGCGUGGGGAGGUGUGUGGGCGGCAGUGGGGAGCAGGGAGGGAUUGCAAAUAGCAGGACGGAGGAGUGGGUGGAAGCGGGCGGUAGCCUAGACCAGGAUGGCCCUGCGAGUGUUGCAAGUGGUGCUGCUUUAACACAAGCAAAUGCUGCAACCGGUGCUACAGCUGGGCCAGGGGUGGAGGAGCCGCAACUCCCCACGGUGGUCGGCAGGGGGGGCAUGGCGCGAGAGGGGGUGUCAGCCUGGUCGCAGUCGGGGUACUGCGCGCAGUCAGAGCCGCACUCCAGCGUGCUGCGCCUGUCAGCACCGGGGGAGGGCGGCAGUGAGUCCAUGCCCCCUGUGAGCGAGCUCGAGAUGGAGCUCUCUGGCGGUGGGAGCAAUGUCGGCGCCUCUGAUAGGGCCCGCGCGGCUGCCGCUGCCCUUGUUGCUACGGGGGCUAGGGGAGCUGGUGGCGGCAGGUACAGCACUGCUGCCGCUGCUGCUGCCUCUGCCGCUGCUGCCGCUGCUGCCGCUGGUGGUCAGUUUGAGCGCGAGGGCCGCGGGCGCUGGGAGCUGGCGCAGCGGGGGCAGCGGGGGCAGCGGGGUGCCCCGUUGGUGGAUGGGUCGGGCAAGCGCAUCCUGUUUGGGUACCUGGCGACUCAGCAGGACGUUGCUGAGUUCAACCGGUACCAGAACGGCAAGGAGGCCUUGAAGGUGCAGGUACGGCGGCGGAGGGAGGUGGUGGAGGAACCACGGCUGAUGCGCAUGCGGGAGCAGGCGGCUAUGGCGGCACAGGCAGCGCAGGCGGCACAAGCAGCACAGGCAGCACAGGCGCGAGUUGUUGAGAUGUCGCACCAAUUGGUGGAGGCCCGCAUUGAAUCCUCGCAGCUGAAGGAGCUUUGGGUGGAGGAGCAGAAGAGCAAGCAGCACCUGUCAUUGGCACUGGAGCGCGAGACGAAGCAGCGCCUGGAGCUGGAGGAGAAGGUUUUCAGUGCGGUGCAGCUGGUGCAGCUGAAGGAGGCCGAGGUGCAGGCACUGGUGGCGCGCAUCCGACAGCUGGCGGCGCAACACGAGCUGGAGCCUCUUUGCCAAUGCCCAUUGCCCACCUCCCAUCCUCUCCCCUUACGGUUCUUCGUUCACCAGAUAGCCAGCUUGGAAGAGGCGUGUGGGCGGAGCGCGGAGGAGGCGGAGAGCAGGCGGAGGGUGGUAGAGGAGUGCGAGGUGGCUCUGGAGUGGCGAGGCAAGGUGGCCCAGCAGCAUGCUGCCGCUGCACGCUCGCUCCAGCACCAGCUUUCCACCUCUUCUGAGCUCAGCAACGGCCACAGCGGUGCUCUUCAAUGCACUCUGCAUGAAACAGCAAUACCCCGAGCAGGCAUUGCGCAGCCGAAGCUGCAGCAUGAUGAGCGGCUGGUGGCGUGUGAAGUGGACGGAAAUAAGUGUGAAGUGGGGGGAGGGGAUAUGGCUGGGUGUGGGGUAGGGGGAGGGGAAGAGGCUGUGAGUGAGGUAGUUGGAGGGGAAGGGGCUGGGAGUGAGGUAGGGGUAGGGGAAGGGGCUGGGAGUGGGGUGGGGGUAGGGGAAGGGGCUGGGAGUGGGGUUGGGAGAGGGGAAGAUGCUGGGAGUGGGGUUGGGAGAGGGAAAGUGGCUCGAAGUGGGGUGGGAGGAAGGGAAGUGGCUGGGAGUGGGUUAAUGGGACGGGACGGGGCUGGAGAGGGCAGUGGGGAGGUCUGUGGCAAGAAGGGAGAGGCUGUAAGUGAGGAGGCUAUUAAAGAGUGGGGAUGGGGUGUAGGGGAGGGGAAGAAUGAGGAAAUGGGACGGGGGGUAGUGGAAGUGGUGAAUGAAGGGGGUUGCGAAGAAAUUGUUGAGGGGUUGUAUGGGGAGGUGGGAGAGGGGGUAAUGAAAGAGGUUGGCAAAAUGGGCGAAACGUUAGAGGUUGAAGUGUUGAAGGGUGGUGUGCAAGAAAAUGUGCCACAAGAGAUGGGUGAUGGAACGCAAGCGAGUGAAGGUAAGGGAGGGAAGCAUGCUGAGGGGAAAGAGGAGGAGUGGCAGAUUGUGGGAAAAGUGGUGCAGCGAAGUGUGGAGGUAGGGAGAAACAAACUGCGUGAUAGAAAAGGUAUAAGUCCAGAAGAAUGCAGCACAGGUGAAGAAGGUAUAGUUGAAAAGGUGGAUGGGGAGGUAAGAGAAGAGGUGAUGAUGGAGGCUGUGAACAAUGGCGAGAUGCUAGAAGUGAAAAAGUGGAAGUGUGGUGUGCAGGAAAAUCAGCAGCAAGCGACACAUGAUGUAAUUCAACAGAGUGGAAUGGAAGAGGAGAAUGUUGGAGAGGUGAAAAGGAAUGUAUGGGAAAUUAUGCGAGGUGUAAUGCAGCUGCGUUUGGUGGAAGUAUAUAAAGGAGAGGAAAAGUCUGAUGGAAAAUGUUUGAUGAAUAGCGUAGAAGAAUGCAGCACAGGUGAAGAAGCUGUUGCACCCGCGACUCAAAUUUCUAAAACAAACGGUAUAGAUGAGAAUGGCAUGGAGCAGGCGUUAUCGCACAGUCACUGUGAGUAUUUGGACGAGAGCAGAAAGACGAGAGAUGACCUUCAAUAG